GAGGGAGGCAUGAGAGGUCAGGGGAGAGCCCUGGCCUUUAUGACCUGUGCAGGACCUUCUCCUGAGACUUGGUUUACCUGUCAGGAAAGUGGGAACAUGGACUGGAAGGUCUCCCGCAUCUGUUCCAGGCUGCGCCUCUGGUUGAAAAGGCGGCCUCUCCUGGUUCUAGACAGAGCUGAGGGCACAAGCCGCUCCCGGGCUGCCUGCCCUGAAGCCCUCUCAGGCCCAUCUACCUGGAUGGCCAGAGCAGCUGACAAGGUCUGAUCCUUGCACUCCUGUUUCCAAGUAUGGCGAGCAUGGCGGCUAUGGGCAGCUGCUCGAAAGAGUACCGCAUGCUCCUUGGCCAGCUCCAGAAGCAGACAGAUCUCAUGCAGGACACCAGCAGGCUCCUGGACCCCUAUAUACGUAUCCAAGGCCUGGAUAUUCCUAAACUGAGAGAGCACUGCAGGGAGAGCCCUGGGGCCUUCCCCAGCGAGGAGACCCUGAGGGGGCUGGGCAGGCGGGGCUUCCUACAGACGCUCAAUGCCACACUGGGCCGCGUCCUGCACAGACUGGCCGACUUAGAGCAGCAGCUCCCCAAGGCCCAGGACUUGGAGAGGUCUGGGCUGAACAUAGAGGACUUAGAGAAGCUGCAGAUGGCGAGGCCGAAUGUCCUCGGGCUCAGGAACAACGUCUACUGCAUGGCCCAGCUGCUGGACAACUCAGACAUGACUGAGCCCACGAAGGCCGGCCGGGGGGCCCCUCAGCCGCCCACCCCCACCCCUACCUCGGAUGUUUUUCAGCGCAAGCUGGAGGGCUGCAGUUUCCUGCGUGGCUACCAUCGCUUCAUGCACUCAGUGGGGCGAGUCUUCAGCAAGUGGGGGGAGAGCCCGAACCGGAGCCGGAGACACAGCCCCCACCAGGCCCUGCGGAAGGGGGUGCGCAGGACGAGACCCUCCAGGAAAGGCAAUAGACUCAUGCCCAGGGGACAGCUGCCCCGGUAGCCUCGGGAGCACCCCUUGCUGCUGAAGGAUGCGGCAGGUGCUCUGUGGAUGAGAGGAACCAUCUCAGGAUGACACCUCCCGGGUCCCCAAACCUGUUCCCCUCUACUACUCGCCACUGAGAAGUGCACUUUAAGAGGUAGGAGCUGGGCAGACCCCUCUACCUCCUCCAGGCUGGGGGACAGAGUCCGGCUGUUGAACCCCACCUAGCCCCAAGUUCCCCAGGCCCAGUGGGGUGGCCGGGCAGGCCACGCGGGGCCGACUUUCCAUUGAUUCAGGGGUCUGAUGACACAGGCUGACUCAUGGCCAGGCUGACUGCCCCCCUGCCUUGCUCCCCGAGGCCUGCCAGUCCUUCCCUCUUAUGACUUGCAGGGCCGUUGCCCCCAGACUUCCUCCUUUCCGUGGUUCUGAAGGGGAGGUCACAGCCUGAGCUGGCCUCCUAUGCCUCAUCACGUCCCAAGCCAGACACCUGGAUGUCUGGGUGACCUCACUUUAGGCAGCUGUAACAGCGGCAGGGUGUCCCAGGAGCCCUGAUCUGGGGGUCCAGGGAAUAGAGCUCAGGUCCCAGCCCAGCCCCGAAGUCGCCAUGUGGCCUGGGGCAGGUCACUUUACCUCUCUGGACCUGUUUUCUCUUUGUGAAGCUAGGGAGUUAGAGGCUGUACAAGGCCCCCACUGCCUGUCAGUUGCUUGGAUUCCCUGACAUAGGGUGGAUAUUAAAAUCUGCAAUUCAGGACAUGUGGUGCAAAUGGUGCUGGGUGGUGUACACGGAGGUCUCCGUAAAAGGAGACCCACCUCCCAGCGCCGGGAAGCCCCAGUCUUGGGCCCUUGCUGCUGGCUGCUCCCCCUGGUGGUGAGUCCUGGAAUUUUCUCACGCAGGAGCCAUUGCCCUCCUAGAGGGGGUCUCAGAAGCUGCGAGGCCAAUUCCUUGGAGGGACAUGACUAAUUUAUCGAUUUUUAUCAAUUUUUAUCAGUUUUAUAUUUAUAAGGCUUAUUUAUGAUGUAUAUUUAAUGUUAAUAUUGUGCAAACAUAUAUUUAAAACUUGCCUGGUUUCUAAA